AUGGACUCUUUCUGCCCGCCAAGAGAUCUUUUUCCCGAAAAGUUUUCGCCUGAAUUAGACAAAGAUUUUCGAGAUGUUGAAGAAAUUCUGAAGUUUCGUGGUGGAUCAAAAUAUCAUCCGCCGAUUGGAUCUUUCAGAUUUGCACUGAAUCUGCUGGAGUUUGGGAACCAUGAGAGUAACGAGUGGAUUGCGGGAAUCGGAAAUGAAAGGGAAUGUGAUGAGGAAACAGGUGAAUGGCCAGUUGCAUAUCACGGAACAUCUUUCGAGCAAGCAAUCGAAAUCGUGGGCAGAGGUGGCUUUCAAAUGCCUCCCGACAAUCCGUCCGCUCGAAUUCACACUGUUAACGAUCCAAAAGUUGCUCUCGGAUUCGCAAAAGAGUACAGCGAUUCAAAGGGAGAAACGUUUAAACUGCUGUUUCAGGUUCGAAUCGACUUGAAAAGAGCAGAUGUGAUCAAAAAAGACGGCGUCGAGUACUGGAGAGCACGUUGCGUGGACGCCAUCCGAGCAUACGCGAUUUGUGUCUACAAAGUUAAA